AUGCGGCGCCCUGAAGAACCAAAAACUAAAGAGAGGCAGACGGAGAAGCAGUCCUGUGAGCUGUCUGUGUGUUCGGCGGCUCUGCGGCACGCCGGCCUAUCUGCGAGCAUCCGCAACCUGGGUGUCAUUCUUGACUCCACCCUCUCCUUCCAGUCACGCAUCAAAUCAGUCACAAAGUCUGCCUUCUACCACCUGAAGAACAUCUCCUGUCUGCGUCCAUCUCGCUCCGAUACAUGCUUCGUGCAGCAGUUGGACGGGUUCAUCUCGUGGCUGCAGGAGGCGCUGGACAGCACCGAAAACUGGACGCAGCCCAGACAGGAGCUGGACAGCCUGAGGGUGUACCUGGACACACACCUGAGUUUCAAGCUGAACGUGGACGGUCACGGUGCUCUGAAGGAGAGCGUCAUGGAGGAAGGCAGAGCUCUCCUCUCCGCCAUCCCCUCCCACCAAUCAGGUCUGAAGGAAAUCCUCCAUAUGGUCUCCAGCCAAUGGGAUCAGCUCCAGCGGCAGAUCCGGCGCCAACAUGGCUGGAUGCUCCGUGCCCUCCGCUGCAUCCAGGCCCGCCUCCUCUAUUCUAGCCAAUCAUACGAGGCCUUCCACCCCAUGGGAGACCCGGCGGCCAAUCGGCAGGCCCCGUGCCCGGCUGACGCCCUCCAGGCUGAGCUGAUCUCCAGUCAGUGUGAAGCCCAGCGAGCAGCUCUGGAGCAGAUGGCGAUCAAAUUGAGCACCUUGCAGUACCCCUCACCGGCCAGCAGGAGGCACUACAACCAGCUGGCCCGGAACAACAGUCUGCAGGAGUUUGAGGCUGAGUACCAGGAGCUCUGGGAUUGGCUGAUGGACAUGGACGCCAUGGUCACGGACAGUCACCAGCUGAUGAUGUCAGAGGAGCAGAGGCAUCACCUCUUCAAGGAGAGUCAGGAGAGUCAACAUCGUCAGGAGAGUCAACAUCGUCAGGAGAGUCAACAUCGUCAGGAGAGUCAGGAGAGUCAGGAGAGUCAGGAGAGUCAGGAGGGUCAGGAGGGUCAGGAGAGUCAGGAGAGUCAGGAGAGUCAGGAGAGUCAGGAGAGUCAGGAGAGUCAGGAGAGUCAGGAGGGUCAGGAGAGUCAGGAGAGUCAGGAGAGUCAGGAGGGUCAGGAGAGUCAGGAGAGUCAGGAGAGUCAGGAGGGUCAGGAGAGUCAGGAGAGUCAGGAGAGUCAGGAGAGUCAGGAGAGUCAGGAGAGUCAGGAGGGUCAGGAGAGUCAGGAGAGUCAGGAGAGUCAGGAGAGUCAGGAGAGUCAACAUCGUCAGGAGAGUCAGGAGAGUCAGGAGAGUCAGGAGAGUCAGGAGGGUCAGGAGAGUCAGGAGAGUCAGGAGAGUCAGGAGAGUCAGGAGAGUCAGGAGAGUCAGGAGGGUCAGGAGAGUCAGGAGAGUCAGGAGAGUCAGGAGAGUCAGGAGAGUCAACAUCGUCAGGAGAGUCAGGAGAGUCAGGAGAGUCAGGAGAGUCAGGAGGGUCAGGAGAGUCAGGAGAGUCAGGAGAGUCAGGAGAGUCAGGAGAGUCAGGAGGGUCAGGAGGGUCAGGAGAGUCAGGAGAGUCAGGAGAGUCAUUCGCUGUCUUCAGAGGUGAGAGCCCGACGCAGAGGUGUCGCCUCUGUUCUCAAACUCUGCCAGAAGCUGCUGCAGCAAAGCCAGUCGGGCCCCAUGGCGGAGGUGGGCCCAGAGGCGGAGCAGCACCGCGAGGCCCUGCAGCUGCUGUCGAUCAACCUGGAGAGGAGGUGGGAGGCGAUCGUGAUGCAGGCGCUGCAGUGGCAGAACCGACUGAAGAGAGAGCUGGGAGAGCAGCAGGUUACUGGGAACUUUCUGGAGCCAGGUCUCGUCGAUCUCCACCAAAUCAGCCCGGUCCCAGCGGGUCCAGCUGCACCGGCUCCAGAUGACUCCUGGGAAUGGGACGAGACGGAUAUGACAAUCACGGAACCGGAGCCGCAGGAAGUAUCAGAACCGGACAUCAUGCAAGACCUCCCGACGGAUCUGAGUCUGCCUUCCAACAGCAGCAGCACGUCCAGCAGGAAUCAGGGUCCUGAGAUGACAUCCAGCACCAGGAGUGGAUUCACAUCGGAGGUUCAGCCCAAUGUGACGUCCCGGACUCCUCUCCCGAACAACAACCAGGUCUACCAGGUCUACAGCCUCCAUAACGUGGAGCUAUACACCCAGCCUCUGUUCCCUCACAGCUCCUCCUCACUUUACAAAACCAAAUCAGGGAAACAGAAACAGCACCUCCUGCUGAAGAGUCUCAGCAAGGACUCGUCCUUCUCCUCCAUCGAAUCCCUCCCAGACCUCCUGGGGGGUUUGAUGUCGGACACUCGAGGAGGAGGAGAUAGGACCGAGAGGGAUGGAGGAAGAGGAAGCGGUCAAUCGGUGAGCAGUCGGAGGUCAGAGAGCGAGAGCGGGAUUGUGAGCGACACGGGAGACGUUGAGACGACGUCGACGAACUCCGAAGCCCAAGGAGGGGAGGAGGAUCAGGAAGACGAGGAGGAAGAGAAGGAGAAGAGAGGAAGUGAUAGUGUUCCCUGGUACAACCAAAGAAACAAAGCAAGGUGCAGUAUGAAGGAGAAAGAGAGGAAGAAGGAUGAGAGCAGAAGGAACAGAGAGGAUGAGAAGAGGAGGAGGCCGAAGAGGGGCGGAGGGGAGGCAGUGGAGAUCCUAAUCAAUGGGCGUGUGAUCCUGACCCCUGCUGACUCAGACUCUGAUUUCGAAGGAGGAGGACCCUCGAAGACCUUUCAGUCCCACAGUCAAAUCACAGACUUCAGCUUCGACAAGUUGAACCGUUUGGAGUCUCCGCCGGCUCUCAGCCACCGGGCGUCCAGUCCGGUUUUAUCUCAGGGCUCGUCUCUGGAGUCCCUCCUCGCCCUGGGUGUGGAGUUGUUCCCCUCCAAAGACCCGCUGCAGCGUAGCGCGUCCCUCGAGAGCUGCCUGGCGCCGUGUCGAAGCAGCGAAGGGGAGUCCGGCGGCAGCAUGGCGAGCCUCGUGGAGCCGGAUGUGGAGCCGAGAAGACAUGAGGAGGAAGUGGAUCCAAAGAAGGAGGGAUCCAGUGAAAGUGUGCGAGGAGGACCGUCCUCUGGGGAGCUGAGCCGGAGGACUCUGGAUCUCCUGAAACGCCUUGAGAACAUUCAGAGCCCCCUCGCCGCCAAGAUGACUCGCAGUGUGUCCGACAUGACGCUCCGGUGCAGCUCCUCCCAGCGGAGCAGACUCCCCGCCUCGCCGUCUCUUGGCGGUCAACACAACCCCCUUUCUGGGAUUUCCUCCUCACGGAAAGGACCGCCAUCCCUCAUCAACGAGGGCUCGGCGACGGCGUCUCUGACGGAGCUGAGCAGCACCGAGGACUCGUCUUUGGGGUCUGAAGAUUUCGCAUUACUCAGAAAUCAGCGCCACCUCUUCCUGGAUUCCGCCAUAGUCGCCAACGCCAACUCCAAAUCCUACCGGAAACACGCCAGCCAGGGAGCGCAGGGCAUGGACGAGGCGGACGCGGCGAGUCUGAGCCUCGUGGUCAACGUCUCCUGCACGUCGGCGUGCACGGACGAAGACGAGGACGACAGUGACCUCCUGUCUUCGUCCACCCUCACGCUCACAGAGGAGGAGCUCGGCGUCCGGGACGGAGAGGAGGAGGAAGAGGAGGAGAGGUUGAGCGGCGCCUCCUCUGGGAACGAUGAUGACGACGAUGACGAGGAAGAGGAGAUGGAGGGGUCUUACAUCCUGGGGUUGGAGUACAUGAAGAGAGAGCUGCAGAGCUGGAUGAGGUCUCCCAAAAACUCCACCUCGUCCUUCUCCAGAUCAGAGUCCGGCCUGAGGGACGAGCUGCAGUGUGGAACCGUCCCCACCGCCCAGGACUGGGAUCCACACGGGUUCGGGAGCCGAUCAGGGGGUAAGGUAGUCGAGGACAACAACAGAACCAAAGGGGAUCAGACAGAACACGACGAAGAGGAGGAGAACCGGAGGAACGCUACGAGGAGCUACAUCAGCCAGUUUGUGGACGACGUGGAGAACGGGAACGUGGACCAGAACUUCUUGAAAGGGAAAGACGAGGACGACGAGCUCCUCCGAGAGGAGUCUAGCGUGUUCACAAAGAAAGGGGAGUCCCUGAGAGAGUCCUACCUGUUCACCAAAACCGGAGAGUCGCUCCAGGACGUCAACGACCUGAUCAUGAAAACCGACUCCACCUCGGCGUACACGCUCGCCGCGUCCCCGUCAACCGAGCUCCUCCCCUUCCCGUCCAAACGUACGUCGUCUCUCGUGGGACAGCUGAGAGGAGAGCUGCCCUGCCACAGCUCCUCCCUCCCCUCACCUCCCUCGCUCUCCCCCCUUGAGGACUGCAGACCCCACGAUGACCCGAGCAACGGCAGCAGCCAGGCGGCCGCCGGACGGAAAGCCAUCACCAUCCAGGAGAAGUUCAAGUUCUCCUCUUUGGUCACCGAGGAGACCAAACAGGAAGUCAGGGACAAGAAGUCGUCCCUGCCGCCCAAAAGGCGACGCAGCUCUCGCUCCUCCUGCUGCAACCAGCAUCCCUCCCCCUCAUCCCCCUCAUCCCCCUCAUCCCCCUCAUCCCUCCAUCCAUGCAGCGCGGAGGAGGGGAAGAGGGAGAACGUGCACGACUUUGUGAUGGAGAUUAUCGACAUGACAUCGCUGGCAAGGAGGAGCAAAGAGAGUCAGCGUGAGGAGCAGGACCAGACCAAUACCUGUGGGUCCGUCUCAGACCAGGGUCCGGCAUCACUGGCACAGAUCAGGGACAAGGUCAUCGAACACUCCCACCGCCCUCUCCACCUCCGUAAAGGAGACUUCUACUCCUAUCUGUCUCUCUCCUCCCACGACAGCGACUGCGGCGAGGUCAGCCAGUGCUCCGAGGACAAGGGCUCCUCGCCGCUCCCCUACAGCAUCCCCACUUACGCCACCCCGACUCAAGGCCUCCACAGCCCGAGCCCCGAGCUGUUCACGAGCACCAACCGGCGCGCCUCCACCCUCAGACACUCCAAGAGCGGCUUCAGCGCCCUCGACCUGGAGUCCUCCGAGUGCCAGACUCGUCCCAUGAGUCGUUCCUCGUCGCUGCCCGCCAGCCCGGACAUCAGGGACGAGGAGACUCUGUUCGCGGCCUGCACAGAGGAGGUCUACCUGGGACCGCCUCUCUGCUACAGCAUGGUGCUCACCAAGAAACCACGACAUGGCCCCGGCUAUGAACUGAACAGUCUAGCUUUCGCGCCUUGUGUUGAAGGAGGUGAUCGUCUGAGCCGCUCAAAGGAGUCAGCGAUGGACGAACACGACGACCAUCUUUAUUUCCAAGCAUCCAGCCGCACAGACGAGCAACAAGACUCCUUGUCUCCUUUCCUGCAGCCUUCUUUCACCUCCUCCUCCCUCCAGGCGCCCGGCUCCAAACCUGAGGAUGAUAGCCCUCCCUCUCCUCCCUCUCCUCCUCCCUCUCUUCCUCCCGUGUCCUCUGGCGCCGAGGAAGAGAAGCGAGGUGAGGACCCGUACCUCCUCUGUGAUGUCGCUGGAGGAGAAGUCGCGGCCGCUGUGAGUGUCAGCGCGCCGCAGGAGGAGAGGAGUCGUAAUGAGGGGCCUCCUUAUCUUAAUCCCCGGGCGCGUGUCGCCCCGAUAGACUCCUCCGCAGCUGAAUGUUUGGCAGAUACUAAAACGCUUGAAUCCAAUAUGGGCGCCGUAAUGACCAAGAUAAGUGUCUGCAGCUCCGCUACAAAUCCCUCAAAAGAGCCAGCCGCCACCGCCACGCGUAUUAAUCCCAAAAUUAACUGCUCUGCGAUGAGAGAGGCAGAUACGGCGGCGGAGGAGGGGGAGCGGCGAGGAGGAGAGGUGGAGGCUCGGCGGCAGGCGGAGAAGGGGAGGAGACGGCAGAGCGGCAGCGGCGGCGGCGGCACGCAGCAGGAAGGGAAGACGGUGGUGCAGACGCAGGUGAGCUCUCAGCCAGGUGCCACCAGGACAGCAGGGGGGCGGAGCCAAACCUCAGUGAGACCGCCCACAUCGAGGACAGGGCCAGUCAGAAGACUACCUGUACUGGGAACAGGAACCUCCAGGAUCCAUCUGUAAGGGAGCUCCCUCCAUCUCCAACCCGCUGAGCUGAUCUCCUUCCCUGGCUUAAUUUCCAGCUACCCCUCCUCUCCCUCCUCCCUCCUCCAUCCUUCUCCCUCUCUUUGGUCCCAGAGACUUCCUCCCCUUCUGAUCUCCUAAAUCUCACUGCUGAACUGAUUGUCAAGAAACUGGACUGAAAACGGAUCCGGCAGUUUCAGGGUUACCUCACAGAAGUCCUCUUCGGUCAGACCGGAUGUUAUGAUGAGAGUCUUGAUGGUUUCGGGGUUGGAGGAAAGUCAAAGAAGGUUUUGAUUGGCUGAGAAGGAGAUGUUGAACGUACGUGAAAGAACAGUCUGAAGAACUAAGGAAGAAGGUUGAAGAGUGAAGAAGAUGCCACAUUAAAGAGUGUAAGAGAGACCGGACGGCGAUACCAUCUUUGGUGAAAACCAAUUGAUUAAUGGGAAAUACUUCACUCAGUUAUGUCAUGAUUUUCAGGGCAUGUUUUGGCGUGUCAUGGUUUGGUUUCACCGUCAGAACUUUUAAACUCUGCCAUUUUCUUAAAGCCACAUUCACCCGGCUUUAGUCUUGAUCUGACCUGAGAUCUGCUGGAUUCAUCAGGUUCACUGUAUUCACACUGUUAGGACAAGUCUGCUGCUGUGGUGUAGCACAUGUAGCAUGUUACCUCCUAAAAGCUAACACUUGGUCUAUGUUAAUGGAUGAUGUCAGUAUUCAUACUCUGUCAGUAGAUCACAGUCGUAGCUGUGGUAGAAACUCUUCAUCUGGUAGAAUCCACACUAAUGCAAUUUAUGGAGGUUGUAUAACUCAGAAGGUAAACUGUAACACUGGAGUCAUGCAGACGCAGAGACGCUGUAAUCUUUGAUUUUACUAGUUCCCCUGAGGAAGUGGUUUUAGGGCCGGGGACACUGAAAUCUGGUCAGUGCUUACCGAUGCAUUAUAUACAUCAAACGACCCCCUGCUGUGUCGACAUGCUAAAAGGCAACUGGAUUAUCAAGACUGAAAACAAUACUGAGAAUUGAACUCAGAUGGUGGGGACUCACUGGACAAAGACAUAUUUCCUUAAGUUUAGGGGAACCAUAAUGAACCUUUUGUCCCCUAUUCAUGGUGGACCUUUGAGUUUUGAAACUACCGUCCACUCUUGCAGGAACAAACAGUUUCCCCAAGUCUCUAAAGCCUUAAAGGUGACAUAUUACGCUCUUUUUCAUCAACAUAUAUUGGUCUAAGAGGUCCCCAAAACCAUGAUGGUUGACACCCUCAGAUAUUGUCUUCUAAAGUCAGGUCAAAGACGUCGCCCCAAUCAAAAGGCUCCUAAAAAUGCACUGGAGACCACUCUGCUUCCAUUCUUGAGAAGUCCAGUCUGAAUUGUUGGAAUGCGCCAAGAAAUAGUGAUGUUGAAUCCUCUUCAGUCUCGCAGGAUCAAGCACUCUUAGUAAGCACAGUUAAUGUAUCCUCCCUGUUAUAGUGCAAUGUCUUAGCGGUGCACUCCAAGUUCUCCAACUUAAUGAGAUCUACUGUAACGUACCAUGAGCUUUAUCCUGACACAGGCGGUGGUACUGGUCCUGUCACAAAUCUCUUCUAGACUUAAAGACUAUGGUGGUCAAUUUUACAUCCUCAAACUUCAUGGGAUGCACCGUUACGUAAGAGGGAAUACGUAGUUUAAUGCUUGGGGGAAUCCUUUGAAGACGAGAGAGCAGGAUGAAGCGUUCUUGAUAAGCACAGUUAACCCUCCCUUGUUAAGUGCAACUUAUUGGUGGUGCACUACAAAGUUCUCCAACUACCUUAUAGGAACCGUAUGUUCCUUUAGAGUCAUUGGGUUUGUACCAUUGCACCAUGGGAAGAAGCUGAUCCUUUGAAAGAACAGGGUCAGGCAUUCUUGGUGAGCACAGUCCCUUUUCAAGUGCAACUUCUGGAUGGUACACUCCAAGUUCCCCGACUCCCAUGGCCAUGAGAACCCCUUAAAGGCAAUCUAUGAACCAUCGUAUCUGUGGGGAAGGCCUUGGUCAAGCACUCUGGGUCAUAGCCCAACAGUUGACCAUCUCAAUUGGGAAAGAGACAGGGUAAAGCAUUCCUUGUAAGCACACUUCAUUUCCCUUUGUUAAGAGGAAAUCCUUUAUGGUGCACUUCAAGUUCUCCAAGUCCCACGCUGGUAGAAACACCUUGAAUGUACCACAAGUUUGGAUUAAAGGCAUGCUUUGGAGACGAUGCCUUCAGGAACCCUGUCGAGCACUCUUGAUUACCACUUUAUGAAGUCAACUUUUUGGGCCGUACACUCGAUGUUUCCUUCUUCUGCGUCCACAAGAACUCCUGAGAUUUAUCUGGAAAUGGGAAGAGGCGAUAGAGGCGAUAGAGCGAGGGUUAAGACUAUCUUCUUGCUUGUAGGCUGUGACCUCUGAAAAUGCAUCAGUCCUGCUGUCAUGUUGAGGGACUGCAAAACUGAUAAGCUUUGAGAUUCGAUGAUCAAGUACGGGAUAAACCUGCUGCUAUGGAUGCCGUUGUGCUCCAGAUUGAAAAGAGCCAUCAGGACAAAUCUAGCACUACUGGAUUACUUACCCAAUUCCACCUUCCCCCUCUCUCUGCUGGUGGAAGAAACCUGCAAACCGAGGGACGAGUCAGGUGUCCAAAAAUUAAAGAUAAGGAAUAAAACGAUGAUAUUCUAUCUAUGCAACACGACCAAAGUUGGCGAAAGCUGAAGUGGUGUUGUUGUGUAGGUGUUAAAGUUUGAUGACUGUUGACAGGGACGUGUGUUGUUAUUAAUACUGCUGUAUGUAUGUACACCAUUACUGUACCAUGUAAUGUUUCUUUUUUUACUUUCUAGACGAACUCCUGAAACGGUGAUUAGCAGUGACGCUGGGGUUCUGGGGGAUUGGUGUUGAGACAGGGUGUGCGUAGGACUCAUAGGGUUUGAGAUCUCUAAAAUAUAAUUGUGUGCCUUGCUCUACUGUUACUACUUCUACCUUUCUUUUGUUAAUUAAAAACCACUGCUCUCCCAGUAAGUGAUGAAAACAUGCAACAAAAAAUAAGCAAGGAUCGAGUUAAGCCUGUGUAUAUAUACGUGGAGGUGUAAAAUGCAGAGCGAGGAAUGCUUGUUGUUUGUGUUUAUUUAACUCUAUAUGUGACCUGUGAUGUGGAAUAUCUUUACUAUUAGUAUUGGCCAUAAAGAGCUUGACUGCAUGGUUCCUGCAAACUACAAUGUAAAACCAACUGUUGACAAAUAAACUUAAUUUAUUGAAAAA